AUGGGCGUAGUGGGGCUGUGGAGCGUCUUGAAAAAGAAAAGAUUCGAGCCUGGUACCGCGAAAGCAGACUACAGCAAGCCAAAGGUUGCAUAUCACCUGGAUCUGUUCGCCUGUCUCUUCGUGCAAAUUUGGUCGGCCUUUUGCACAUACAAAGACACAGAGAAGGCGCAUGAAGCCAUCCAGCGAGCGCUACUGAGACUCUUCCCCGGUCCAAACAAUAUUACCAUUUACCUGGAUGGGCUUCAAGCCUUAGAGAAGAGGGCGACUCACCUCAAGCGUCUAAAGAUUGCCGAAGAUGCUUUGCUGAAAGCAAGAGAGUCCUACCCGUCCAUCGAGAAACACAUCGGCAACAGGCAGGACAAAUGGUCAUCCAAACAGAAGGAAAAGGAGUUUGUCAAGGCCUUUCAAAAGACAAUGAUUUUGAACUACGAGGACAGGCAGUAG